UCAGGUGAGCGUUCCCUUCAGAGAGACUCGGGUGACGUUUGCAACGUUCGAACGUUUCUAAAUAUAUCCGUUCAAUUCGUAUCGAACCUUAGCAAAGAAUUCAACGAAUAUACAACCAGUGUUAUUUUUUCAUUUAAACGGUAACCUAAAUUUUCGCGCAACAGGUAGAAACUUCUUGUAAGUAUAACCUGAAACAAAUUUUCAAACGUUUUUUACGUGACGGCAGUCGCACGUGGUAAAAAUUUCUCGUUAAUCGUUAUAAGUUAAUCGUACUUUCGAUUUUUGCAAUAACGUUGUAAAAUUGUGAACGGAAACACGUUUACCGCGACGCCAGUGAACUCACCGCGAGUGUUCUCGAGAAAGAGGAGAAAAAAGAAACAGAAACGAUCGUGGCAUUCGCAAGGAAAACGACACGCCACUGCCAGUGGACGCGCUACUGGACAUGAUGGCUUUAGGAAUUACAAUUACCAUGGUUCAUUGUUGGCUGUGAUGUGACAGGGUCGCGACGCGUACAUACAUACAUAAUCGAACAAUGGAGUCUCUAUGAGCCUCGUCCCUCCUUCAAGUUUCCGCUUCCCUCCAACAUCCCUUGUAUCUUGAUCUCAAAAAAAAAAAAAAAAAAAAAAAAAAAAAAAAAAAAAAAAGAAAAAAAAGAAAAAAGAAAAAUAGUUCGAUCUUUAUCUCCCAUUUCAUCGAGAAAAAAGAUCAUCGUGAACAUGUCCAAGUACAAUGUCCAGGACGUCGAUCUCGAAACGGGGAAGCAGGUUCGGUUAACCGGAUACUGCAAUGCCGCCUUCGAGGAUCCUCUUCGAAGCAACAACAACGAUCUCGAUCAAAUGCCCGAGUUCGAGAACAGACUCAACAAUAUUCGUGUUUGCAAUCAGGAUGAUAAAACCGUGAGCAACGAUGUUCCUCAAAAUCCUGAAAAAGAUCUAUUAUGCUCUUUAGGAAGGAAAUGGGUGUAUCAACGAAUCAAAAGAUCGUGCAAGAAAAAAAUGGUUUACAAAAGGGUACCUAUAGCAGCGUGGAUACAAACGUAUCGUAAGGAUUACAUAGUAAGUGAUCUCGUUGCUGGUAUUACCGUAGGCCUUACCGUUAUACCACAGGCGAUAGCUUAUGCGAAUGUGGCAGGACUUCCUUUGCAGUAUGGUUUAUAUUCAUCUUUUAUGGCAUGCUUCGUGUACACUAUCUUUGGAUCCUGUAAAGACGUUCCAGUUGGGCCAACUGCAAUUAUCGCAAUCUUGACGAGAGAAACGUUACAAAAAUCUGAUUUAGGGCCCGAUUUUGCGGUUCUUUUAACAUUCAUCUCUGGUUGCGCGUGUUUAUUAAUGGGAAUUUUACAUUUAGGUUUUUUAUUGGAUUUCAUAUCAGGACCAGUUUCGGUCGGUUUUACAUCGGCAGCAGCGAUAAUUAUUGCUACUAGCCAAGUGAAGGAUAUUCUAGGCAUUCAUAUCGGCGGUAGUAAAUUUGUCGAAGUAUGGCAAAAUAUAUUCGAAAAAAUUGGAGAAACAAAACUUUGGGACAGUGCAUUGGGUAUCACUUGUAUAAUCGUACUACUUCUUCUUAGAAAAAUCAAAGAUAUACCAUUUAUGCAAAAAGCGGCAAAAAUGUCGUCGAGAGUACAAGUAAUUAUGCAAAAAUCACUUUGGUUAUUGUCCACGGCACGAAAUAUUCUCGUGGUCCUCGUUUGCGGUGUUAUAUGCUGGCUUUUAGAAAGUCACUUAGGUUCCUCACCCGUUAAAUUGACGGGCCACGUUAAACAAGGACUUCCGGAAUUUCAGCUACCACCGUUUCAAACCUAUCACAAGAACGAAACUUAUAACUUCGUCGAUAUGGUUUCCGCACUCGGUUCUGGAUGUCUAGUCAUUCCUUUAUUGAGCCUCUUAGAAACCAUCUCUAUUGCCAAAGUUUUUAAUGAAGGUAAACCAAUCGAUGCGACUCAAGAAAUGUUGGCUUUAGGCGUAUGCAACGUUGUGUCAGCUUUCGUUUCUUCCAUGCCCGUAAGCGGUGGCCUUAGUCGUGGUGCCGUAAAUCAUUCAUCCGGAGUGAAAACGACUCUUGGUGGUGUUUAUACUGGACUUUUAGUACUUGUAUCACUUCAGUUCCUUACCCCAUAUUUGUACUUUAUUCCUAACGCCGCCCUUGCUGCAAUCAUCAUCGCGGCUGUCAUUUUUAUGGUGGAAUUACACGUGAUUAAGCCUAUAUGGAGAACAAAAAAAAUUGAUCUCAUACCAGCUGUGGCUACAUUUUUAUGCUGUCUUUUUAUAAGACUUGAAUUAGGUAUAGUAAUUGGUAUCGGUAUAAACGUUUUGUUCCUACUUUAUGCUUCAGCAAGACCAUCGCUACGAGUUCAUAAAGAUACAAGUAUCAACGGCUGUGAAUAUCUUGUCAUAACGCCCGACAGAAGUCUCGUUUUUCCAAGUGUCGAAUACGUGCGGGCUGUAAUUAGUAAGCAAGGUACAAAACAGGGAACAGCGGUACCUGUUGUUAUAGAUUCUACACAUAUCCAAGCAGCAGAUUUUACAGCUGCAAAGGGAAUUAAAAGUUUAACGGAAGAUUUUUCCAAACGUGGACAACCUUUGAUUUUUCAUAAUUUGAAACCGAGUAUUAUUGAAAUUUUCAAAGGUGUAAAACCUUCUGGUUUGAAAUGUAGUUCUAGCGAACUUGAACUUAACGAUUGUUUGAAAGAAUUUUCAAAUUCGUCAACUACUAUGAACAGGUACUGAUAAUAUUUAGACUUUUAUAAAUUCCGUCCCGGAAGUACUCCUUUUUUUUAUUUUAUACAUAUCAGUAUUAUAUUAACUCGAAAACGAACAAUAUAGAUAAUAUUAUAAUAAAGAGGAA